AUGGAAGAUUUUGAAGAACACGAUGAUGAAAUCUCAUCUCCACUUCUUCAGAAGAAGACCCAAUUCGAUGGAUCCACCUCCCACGCGCCGGAGGAGAAUUCUCCGAUAGAGCAAGUUGCACUCACGGUUCCGGUGACGGACGAUCCGAGUUUACCGGUGGUUACCUUCAGAAUGUGGAUACUUGGCACAGUCGCCUGUGUGUUUCUAUCUUUUCUAAACCAGUUUUUCUGGUACCGCCGUGAGCCUUUAUCGAUAACCUCCAUCUCAGCUCAGAUCGCCGUCGUUCCUCUUGGCCAUCUCAUGGCGGCGACCAUCACGGACAGGGUUUUCUUCAGGGGGAGAAAUUAUGAAUUCACGCUCAACCCUGGACCGUUUAAUGUGAAAGAGCAUGUGUUGAUUACGAUCUUCGCCAACUCCGGCGCCGGAAAUCCAUACGCGAUUCAUAUUGUGAGCGCUGUGAAGAUAUUUUACGGGAAGACGUUGACUUUUUGGGUGGCGUUGAUUGUGGUGGUGACGACGCAGGUAUUAGGGUUCGGGUGGGCGGGGAUUUUCCGGCGAUACCUGGUGGAGCCCGCCGCCAUGUGGUGGCCCCAGAAUCUUGUUCAAGUUUCCCUCUUCAGGGUGUUACACGAGAAAGAGGAGAGGCCCAAGGGCGGUUUAACACGUAACGAGUUCUUCCUCAUUGCCUUCAUUUGCAGUUUUGCUUACUAUGUCCUCCCCGGAUACCUUUUUCCGAUGCUUACCUCCCUCUCUUGGUUAUGUUGGAUCUUUCCUAAAUCGGUCCUAGCCCAACAAAUCGGCUCAGGCCUCCACGGCCUUGGCGUUGGUGCCAUUGGGUUCGACUGGUCCAGCAUAUCCUCCUAUCUCGGCAGCCCCCUGGCUAGCCCAUGGUUUGCCACGGUCAACAUAGCCGUUGGCUAUGCUCUAGUUACAUAUAUCAUAACCCCUUUAGCAUACUGGUUCAAUGUUUAUGAAGCCAAAAGGUUCCCAAUUUUCUCCGAUGAUCUCUUCACCGCCAACGGCCAAUCAUACAACACCUCCGCCAUCGUUGACUCGAAUUUCCACUUUGACUCAGAUGCUUACGAUCAAGAAGGUCAAAUUUAUCUCAGCAUCUUCUUCGCCAUGACUUAUGCAGUUAGUUUCGCGUGCCUAACUGCUACUGUGGUUCAUGUGUUCGUCUUCCAUGGAAGAGAUUUAUGGCAGCUAAGCAAGUCGGCAUUUCAAGAAAAGAAAAUGGAUGUGCAUAGUAAACUUAUGAGACGAUACAAGCAAGUACCUGAGUGGUGGUUCACUUGUAUUCUAUUGACGAACAUUGUAGCAACGUUAUUCGUAUGUGAAUACUAUAAAAGUCAACUUCAAUUACCGUGGUGGGCGUUCUUGUUGGCGUGUGGACUCGCGUUCUUUUUCAUGCUUCCCAUUGGUGUCAUCACUGCCACAACAAACCAGACACCGGGCUUAAAUGUGAUAACGGAAUACAUCAUAGGAUAUUUGUAUCCGGGAUACCCUGUGGCAAACAUGUGUUUUAAGGUUUACGGAUACAUUAGCGUGAAACAAGGUAUCGCCUUUUUACAAGACUUCAAACUCGGGCAUUACAUGAAGAUCCCCCCACGAUCCAUGUUCAUGGCUCAGGUAUGCGGUACACUUAUAUCAGCAUUGGUGCACUUAGGAACCGCAUGGUGGCUAAUGGACACAGUUCCAAACCUAUGUGAUCGAGCCAUGCUUCCUCCGGGCAGUCCAUGGACCUGCCCGGGUGACCAUGUUUUCUACGAUGCAUCGGUCAUAUGGGGUCUAAUUGGGCCCCGCCGGAUCUUUGGUGAUCUCGGCUACUACAACUCGAUAAACUGGUUCUUUUUAGCCGGUGCAUUGGCUCCUAUUCUGGUUUGGCUUUUACACAAGGCUUUUCCGAGCCAAAACUGGAUUACACUCAUCACAACACCGGUUUUGUUAGGUGCAACGAUCAAUAUGCCCCCUGCAACUUCUGUAAACUAUAACAGUUGGAUCAUUAUCGGGUUUUUGUCGGGAUUUGUGGCAUAUCGGUAUCAUCAUAACUGGUGGGGCCGACAUAAUUAUGUGUUAUCGGGGGCGUUAGAUGCGGGAUUGGCGUUUAUGGGAGUGUUGCUGUAUGUUAGUUUGGAUAUGGAGCAAGUUAGCUUAGAUUGGUGGGGAAGUAAACCUGAUGGUUGUUCUUUGGCUUCUUGUCCUGUUGCCGAAGGGAUUGUGGUCGAUGGAUGCCCAAUUAUUUGAUCUGUACGAUUUCUGUGACGAUAUGUGAAGCCACUUUUGAAUCUUUCUCUGUAAAAGAACAGGGAAACUUUCUACAUAUAUAUUCAGGUUUGAUGGUUGGUGUCUAGCUGAUGUGGGACUUCAACAGUAUCCGCUCAAGGUGUAUAGAUUUGUAGAUAUAUUCGUGUUGCUUUUCAUUCUUGAAAUGUAUCUUUUUUUGUUGGGAAAUGGAAAUCGAAUUGUGAUUUAUGUGCAAAGUGAUAUUUAGGUAUGUUAUAAAUUCGUUUUAUAAAUUCGUAAACCCGUCUGAAUUUCACGUUUUAUGUAUCGUACUUGUAGACAUAAAUAUGGAUCGAUUUCUUUU